UGUCGCGCAUUCGGCAGCGUCCCCGUCGGUUUCGCAGCAAAAUUCGUCGGUCAAUUUACCGUUCCGCGAUACAUUCUUCGCACGUAGACGCGCGAGUCGCGUCGUAACUCGAUCGGAAGACGAGGUUCCGCGGAAGUUCGCGCCCGCACCUUGGCAGCCAUCGCGAAUAUUCUCGGGACGGUACGCAUCUCUAAGCAUCGCGCGAACCAGAGAACCCGGAGCUAUCCGGAGUUGUACGGACGACGAAGGGCCGUGGGUGGAACGAUCGCAAGAUCGACGACGAAACAAAACCAGAGUGCAAUAGUUGGCGCGGAUGUCUGUGUACCGUAAGAUUCCUCGAAGGUUCCACGAGUUCGGGUUCACCUACAGACGAACUGGAAGGAAGUUAAAACCACAUUCGAGUGAAUCUAAAUAAAGAACUACGCGGAGCAGUGGACGAAGGUGGGGUCGGAUGCUGGCUCUGGCGAAGAGGGAAUAUGCGGUGAGUAAGAAUGGUACAGCGGGCCGCAUGCAGCGUCGAGGCGAACACAUUCUCCAAUGGCGUACGGAUCAGCGACCGGGAAGCCAGAGGGUCGAACGUCGCCGCAACGAACGCCACGGUAGAUCACGUACUACGCGCCGUGGACGAGGCACGCGGGAACGCGAGGUUCUCCCUCUUCAAGUGGUUCAAACGGUCCGGUAAUCGCGAGUCGUUGAUCGAGAAGCGACGAAAGACGGUCGACGAGUGCAGGGAGAAUGACGGACGACCACGGAGCGUCUCCUCGAGCGCGGAGAGCGUAAACACCUUCUACAGCACCACCACCGUGCGUAGUUUCGCCUUCCACGCGGGUACCGUGGGCAGAUGCGACGGACUCUCGUUGGACAUCCUCGAGCAGGCGGCGGAAGUCGGACCGUUCGCGGCCGGAGCCUCGAAGAUCGCGGUAGGCAACAAAGAGAACGACGUCGCGGACGCGUCUAGCACGCUGCCAGCGAAUGUGCACUCGCACAGAAGAGACAUAACCGCCAGAUACUCUCUGCAACCGUCGGCGACGUUCGCUUCUUGCGGUAAUCUACCGUUUCCGGAGAGACGGUUGGGCUCGUCGAGGAGGCUAGACGACAGAAAGGCCAGCUACAACACGGGAUCGGCGCGCAGGAGGGUGCACGUGAAGGGCAAAAGACGCGCGCCAAAUCCACCGGAAGUUUCGACGAACGCGACGGAGCUGGAUGCUCGAGAAACACCGCGCAACAGCAACAGACGAAAGAGACGCGCGCCCAAACCGCCUGAAAAGCCUGAAACGCCGCCGGUCACGGAUGGCGGAAUGGACAUAGGGGCGCGGAGGGACUCCGAGACGAUCAGCAACGACACGCUGGUGCUUCAAAGGGGUGUUCUGCUGUCGAGAAAAGAGACCAAGAAGACCGCGCGAGAGAAGCACGCGAGCACCGUCGCGCCAGACGUCGCCAUUCCUCGAGACAGUCCGACACCAACCCCGGUCGUUGGCACUCUGAACGCAGCCAUGCCGCGACCUUGGUACAAACGCAGCGUCUUCGAGCAUUCCCGGGAUUCCGGACCGUCCAGGCGGGGCGACGUUCUCCGGGGGCCUGCAACCUCGACGGGCGAAAUAAAAGAAGAAUGCGCCGCCUCGAACGUGGCUUCUUCCGCCGGCUACUCCGUGGACGCCUCUUUGUCGAGGCUGAGCUUCUUCCAUCGCGGCGGCCAGUCGGAGGAGAGGAAGAGGGAGGCGAAACGAAAGUCUGGCCUGUCGAUUCUAACCAACAUCAGCGAGCUGGACAAAGAGGCGGCCGCCAUCGUUCAGGAGGAACAGGCGAGGGCGAGGGCGUCCAUGCUGCUAAAGUCCUCGCGGUUCGUCGACGCCCUCGAGAAACGAAACGAGGUGAACGAGGAAAUCGUUCAGGACAUUGUCGCAUCCGCGAUGGAGAACUCGUCUCCCAGACGGGGCACCAGAGCCCUGAUCUCCAAGUUCAACGCUAUCAGCAACAUCACCAAGGUCACCGUCAGCGCAAACUUCUUCGCGAAAGGGGGACGAGACCAUCAAGCGUCCAAAUUCGAACGGGACGUCGUGAGAAACGCAAGACCGUUCGAACAGGAUCAAUCGAGACUCUCGGCACCGUCCACCGCGGGUCAGAGCAGCCGUAUGGAGAAAGACAUCUCGAAAUAUUUUCUACCGCAACAAAGGACCGCGAAGAGCAAAACGGAGAACACGGACGCGAGGCUACCGGGGGCCAGGAUCCCCGCUACCAAAGAACAGAACGAUCGACUGGCCACCGAGACUUCCAGCAGAAUAUCGUUCCUGCAGAGCCAACUCGCUGCAAAUCGAAUGAACGAUCCGAUGUAUCCGCGGAAGAAUGAGGCAGCGGAGGAUAAAAUUCGAUCAAGGCAGGAUGUCGAAAAGAAGGAAAGAGCGACGAAAGCGAGCGACGAAAACGCAAGGGGAUACUUGUUUGGCCCUGGUCGUGGAUCCGCGGGAAUCGUUCUCGAAGAGCCCAGAAAGAUGGACAAGCAUCACCUGGAGAGCGUGCAGAAAGAGUUCUCGGAUAUCUUCGACGAGAUCGACAAGCAACUGCGUAUGAAGGAGUUGAAAUUCAUCGAUCGACGCGCGAACGCGACCACGGUUAAUCAGAGGGACAAUAUUCGCGAGGAGGAAGCCGGAAUAUCAAGCAAGGUAACCAAAGUGCUCGACAUCCUGGUGGAAGCGGAGAAGGACGCCAAGACAAAGACGACCGUGCAGUCGGAAAAAUCGAUACCAGUCGAGGUUUGCUCUUGUUCGGCCGACUCGAACGCGAAAGCAAAAUCAGGCAAGACGAGGUCCCCGAUACUGAAUACCGUCGAGGAUCCAAUUACCACGGAUUUGAAAGAGAUGCUGAAGGAAAUGAAACACUCGUUACCAAAGCGCUCGAAGCCGGGUAAAAUGGUGACGCGUAUCGACGACGGGGCUGAGAGAGUGACGAGGGAGAAAGAAACACCAGCUGCCCCGGAAAAGACUACGUACUUUGUGUCCGCGGUGACGAAAGUCGAGAAUAUCGCGCUGCGCAACGACUACGAUACGAACAAACAGAAGGUGUCGUGCUCGGUGCAAACUAGUGGAAACGUGAGAAGAUUGAAUCAACCGUCCACAUCGGCUAUACAGCCGUCCACGUCUGGAUGGAAGCAGGAGAACGUUCUCUACAAAACAUCCGGAAGAAAUUUGGGUGGUUCGGGCCUGGUGAAAAAUACCUUUCAGCUGAUAAGACCGCGCGACUUCGCCGAAAUCGAAGCUACCAAAACGACGAGGACCGCCUGCAACGAGAACACUUACGCGAAUGUGAUCGAGCAGUCGCUUUACGCGAACGCUCACGUUCCUCCGUCGCCGAGACAACGCGACAAUUCCGCGCGAAGUAACGACGUUAAAAAGAUUAAUAACGCCGAUGCAACGACGAACGCGUCUCCAGCGACCGAACGAACGUUAAACGCGAACGAAGACACGUUCCGGGGUAGCGAAGAAGAAGACAAUUCAACGGAGAAGAACAUGAACACUCUGGCCAUAAACCGAUUACUUAGAAAGUUAGAAGCUGCAAUUGCAUCUGGCCAUCAUCAACAAGCGGCGGGCUUGGCGAAGGAACUGGCGCGGCUCAAGAUCCACUGUUCCGUGAUUCGACAACGAUCAACCCGUCUCAAAGAUCAGUUGAUUAAAGUCAAUAUGUACAUUGAGGACAAGCUUGCUCACCAGGGACCCAUACCUCUUCAGUUGCCGAGCAAGAUGACGGUGGCCGAGCUGAAAGCAAAGAUACACACGGAAUUCGAGAUACCGGCGAACGUGCAACGAUGGAUCAUCGGUAAGAAUUUGGCCGACCGCGAUGGAGCAACUCUAAACGACUUACAGGCUGUGGAUGGAUCUCCGAUAUUUUUGUAUCUCGUAGCCCCAGAAUUAAAACCUGAAAAUGUGAUACAAGUAGAAAAACUUAAUAACGCAGAGAGACUGCCAAAUGUGAUAAACGAUGAGGCGACUUCGUCAACGGAAGUGCUACAGGCUGUGGAAGAAGAUCAUGAAGUGAUCGAGGAACUCAAAGUGACAGAGGAAAUAGAUACACCGGAAAUUAAAAUGGAACGAUACGAGGAACUGAUCUCCCUAGAAAACUGUGACGUUAUACCGAAUUCCGAGCCAAUCGAGUGUCCCGUAUGUUUCGUUACAUACGGUCCACGCGAGGGUGUAAUAUUAAGAGAUUGCUUACACAUGUUUUGCAGGUCGUGUAUUGCUAAUACGAUUAGAUACUGCGAAGACGCCGAGGUAAAAUGCCCUUACAGGGAUUCGGAAUACACUUGCGAAUCGACCCUUCAAGAACGUGAGAUCAAGGCGCUUGUCGAGCCAGAGGUCUACCAGCAACAUCUUGCGAAGUCGAUUGCCCAAGCGGAGAACAAUGCUGGGAACAACGCGUUUCAUUGUAAAACUCCAGAUUGCCCUGGUUGGUGCAUCUACGACGACGACGUGAAUAAUUUCCUCUGCCCCGUGUGCGGCGCAAACAAUUGUCUAACUUGUCAGGUCAUACACACUGGAAAAAAUUGCAAACAAUACCAGCAGGAAUUAAGACUGUCGAAAGAAACGGAUCAAGAAUCCAGAAGAACAGCCGCUAUGCUGGAAGAAAUGGUAGACAGAGGCGAGGCACUCGCAUGUCCAACAUGUGCGGUUGUGUUAAUGAAGAAAUGGGGUUGCGAUUGGUUGCGUUGUUCAAUGUGCAAAACCGAGAUAUGCUGGGUAACGAGAGGGCCACGUUGGGGUCCAGGAGGAAAAGGGGACACGUCCGGGGGCUGUAGAUGCGGAGAAAAUGGAGUCAAGUGUCAUCCCCGUUGCAAUUACUGUCACUGAAGAGAACCAUUAGAAGAUACAAUUACUACAACGACGCGCAACAAUGUACACGAUAGAAAACAUGUACCGGAUGAAAUUUUUCAAUAUUGUUAACAUACUCACGUAUCGAGUUCAAUCGGUACUCGAAACGUCCGACGUCUUUGAUACGUGAUUAAUGACAAGUUCGAUAACCGAUAAACUAAUACUGAUAAGUUACAUGUAUAGGUUACACGCUGCUUGCUCAACGAUUAACCUUAUCGCGGAACCGUCCUUCGUGGAAAUGAGAUAAUAAAAGAGGCGCUCACCUCGGUUUCUAACGGUUAUUCUUAUCAUCUAUCCGAGCAAAAGGAUUCGGGGAAAUGAAUUGUAUUUUACUUAAAGCUUCGUGUGAAUCAUAAACGUAUAAUAAAUUAUUGAUACAGGUA